GUAUUGUCUUAACUGCCUUGACGCCAUUUCUACACUCGGAGCGUGUGCCUGUGAGAACUGAGAAGUUGAUGAUUAUCAUUUUGAACUCGAAGAAUAAUUAUUGCUUUAUUAUUUUACCUUUUUGGAAUUCCUUGCAGUUUUUUAAUUGAGUAGUGACAGUGAUAUAUCUGAUUAUGGUUUAUUGUGCGGUUCCGGGUUGUAAAAGUAGGUAUGGCAAAAGUACGCCGUAUAAAUUUCAUGUUUUGCCAAGAGAAGAAAAUCGUAGAAACGAAUGGAUCAAAUUUAGCCAACGAACGAAUUUUGAACUAUCAAAGAGAUAUUACUUUUGCGAACUACAUUUUGACAAAAACCACUAUGAAUUGAACCGAAAAGACGAACUGAGAAAACUAAAACCCAACAUCGUUCCUACCAUUAAUCCUCCAUCUUCUGAGGACGUCCAGCGUUACAAACAGAUGAUCGAUUUAUCAAAAAAAAAGAAAGGAAAUACUCGUAAGCACGAAUCAACGAUCGAAAUUAUAUAUGACGACCCAUCAACUGAAACUAUAAGCGAAAUCAUGACUGAAACUAUUUCAGACGCAUCGACUGUAAGCCCUGAAAUCAACGAUUUUCAAAACGAAAUUGAAAAGUCACGAAAUGAAAAUGAUCAACUACGAAACAUGAUUUUAAAAAUGCAACUUGUUCUGGAGCGACGUAAAGCUAAUGAAAUUAAUUAUUUGAAUGAAAAUCAACGACUUCGAAAAGAAAAUCAAAAAUUACAAACCGAAAAUACUAUUCUGAAAAAAGCUCUUGCCCGUUUUGCGUAAACUCUGAUUGAUGUUGAUAAAACUUGUCCUUAAUCCAACAAGGAGCAACUUCACCAUCUGAACUGCUCGACUUCUAAGCAGUGCAAGCCAUCAUUAGAAGACAGUUCUUACUUAUUAUCAUUUUGAAACAAUGAUCAGCUUAAAUCUGUAUAAGUAACGUGAAGUUGAAAGCCUUCAGAUAAAAUUGUGUUUUGUUGAGUGACAGAAAAUAAUUUUGUGACUCUAUGAUUGUUACUGCUCGAUAGGUUCAUUUUAGUACCUAUGCAUAUGAAUAUGAUGUUGCGAUAAUGUGUUGAAAAAUGUUUGCUGUGUAAUAAUUACGUGUUGUUUUUAUGAAUAAAUUGUGUCAAUAUGUUGCAUA